AUGGCUUCGUUGCCCAUCACAAAACAAGAAACGCAUGUCGGCAAUGGCUUAGUUUCUGACACAGAAAAGUCGGUGGCACAUAAGUCUGACACCGCAGACGCGGCACUAGCCUAUGUAGGCGAUGAAAGUGUUGCGCAAAUGACCGAGAUCGAUGAGAAGGCUCUGGUGAGGAAGAUUGACUGGAUGAUUCUUCCAUUGAUGUGGGCCUGCUAUAAUCUUCAGUAUCUUGACAAGACCCUGAUCAACUAUGCAAAUGUCAUGGGCAUUCAAGAAGACACGCAGAUGGUUGGAGACCAGUUUUCGUACAUGGCUUUGGUGUUCUAUGUUACCUAUUUAGCCUUCGAACUUCCAACUGGAUAUCUCAUGCAGAGGCUUCCCCUUGCGAAAUACCUUGGUUUCAACGUUGCAGCCUGGGGUUUGAUGACUGCCUGCACAUGCGCCGCCAAGAAUUUUGCUGCACUUGUCACUCUCCGUGCUUUUCUCGGCUGCUUUGAGUCCGCUGUGGCCCCCGGCCUCAUGCUUGUAACUACUAUGUGGUACAAGAAAAAGGAGCAACCUCUCCGUGUCGGCUUCUGGUUUGUUGGAACUGGAACUGGUAAUGUCAUUGGAGCCUUGACGUCUUUUGGGUUCCAACACUACGGGGGAUCAGGUUUUUCAUCGUGGCAAAUCAUGUUUUUGGUUUUUGGACUUAUAACUGUGGCGGUUGGUAUCGCGGUUAUGGUUUUCAUGCCUGAUAACCCGAUGUCUUCCAAGCUAACCUACGAAGAGAAGGUGUGGGCCGUCGAGCGGCUGCGCGAGAAUCAAACAGGUGUCGAGAACAAGCAAUUCAAGUGGUAUCAGGCCAUUGAGUGCUUGCGGGAUCCCCAAACGUGGCUCCUGUGUCUUAUUGUCAUCUCUAGUACCGUACCCAACGGCGCCGUCAGCAGUUUCCAAGCGGCAAUCAUCAAAAGUUUCGGAUACACUUCCAAAGAAACGGCGUUGCUGUCUAUCCCGUCAGGCGUAGUUUCCGCCAUCGCUGUCAUUGGUGCAACAUGGUGCGCGGGUCGCUGGAACCUACGCGGCAUCUUUGUCAUCGCGCUAUUGGCGCCUGGCCUGCUCGGAGGGUGCCUACUUUCUUUUUUACCUAGCGACAGAAAGAUUGGAUUGCUAAUUGGCAACUACCUAACUCUGUGCAUUGGUCAAAGUCUGGGACUCAUCUACUCUUGGGUAGGAGCAAAUUACGCUGGGCACACCAAAAAAGUCACCAUGAACGCCAUCCUUCUUAUGUCGUUCUGCCUCGGAAAUAUUAUUGGGCCACUGACCUUUAAGAAGGAGGAUGCCCCUGGCUACCUCCCUGCAAAGAUCACCAUUGUGGUGACUGUAGCUGUCGCCAUUGGGUUCACCUUGAUACUCUUGGGCUAUUAUAAGUGGGAGAACGACAGAAGAGAUAGGCGGGCGACUAGUAUCACCCUUCAGGGAAACGGCGACUUCUUGGACUUGACGGAUAUGGAGAUCCCAAACUUCAGGUAUCAGCACUAG